UCCCUCUACGGAUCCGAAGCGAGAAGGCUCUUUUGGAUCUUGUCAUCGCAGCGUCAGUGGCGGUUUGGUAAUUUUUCUUUUGGUGGAGGGUACGACGACGAGGGAAUGGGCCUCCUCGACAAGCUGUGGGACGACACCGUCGCGGGCCCCCGCCCCGACACCGGCCUCGGCCGCCUCCGCAAGCACGCCGCCCGCCCCGCCGCCGUUAAGAUCAACGAUCCGGCUGGGGACGCGACGAUGACGGCCGCCCCGCCGACGCCGCCGGGCGUAGCCGACGAGGCGCCGGUGAAGGUGACCCGCAGCAUCAUGAUCAAGCGCCCGGCCGGGUACCCCUCGUCGCCGAGGAGCGCCGCCAGCACGCCGCCGGCCUCCCCGGCCGGAUCCACGCCACCCAUCUCGCCGUUCGCCGGCGCCGGUGGUCGCUUCAGAAGGAAAUCAUCUUCAGAUGCAUAUGAGAGGGCAACAGCUGGGACAACCAGUCACCCACCUCCCUUUGAAGUGUGAGCCCCCAGAGUGCUCACGCUCGUGUUUGCUCCUAGGCCAGCGUCUACUGAACAUAAGGCAGAGGAGGAGGAGAGACAUAUCUAGAGCGAAACGGGUGGAAGUCGAGGGCUGUCUACCUAUCUUACCUCUACUGUGAUAUAAUGUAGAUGCUAGUGAGUACGUGUACUGCUGCUCGCUGUCUACUAUAUACUAUGUGGAGUCAUGUAUGGUUUUGUGUAGAAGGUGUUGUCUGCUUUGUCAUAUGUGUACAUAUGUUUGCUCCGGGCCGCGAUGGAAGCUUGCUGCAGUCUGCAGCCAGCACCGCGGUUCAUCGCUUUGUCGUGUUUGCUCGCCCUUUAGGUCCUCUGCAACUAUGUCAAAUGGAUGGUAUGUGGAGGAUUGGUGGAAUGAGCUUGCAGGCUGUAAUGCUAAGAUGGGAGCACUGAUGGGUGGUGUGUGAUUUUGCUUGAUGUAUUAUUAGCUCAACUCUCAAGUAGUAGAUGAUGUUUUGCUUGAGCCCUGUAUAUUUGGAAUUGUCUAAGCUACUUGGGCCUAUGCCUAUUGUGCUGUUGUGCAA